AUGUCUGCGUAUUCACCUUCGGCCGGCGUGCCGUUCCCGUGCAUGUCGGGGCAGCCUUCCUACCUGGAACUGUUUCCCUCGGGCGAGAUUCCCCAUACCUUUUUCACGUAUCAGUGGUGGGAGGACGAGGCCACCACUGUGUUCUGGGCCUUCGAUCCCCAUGAGAUCAAGCGGGUGAUCCGAUUCGGACUGUUUCGAGACAACAACCUCCCGCGGAAGUCUCUUCAGAAACGCGAUCCUCAAGCCAUUACCGCGUUCCUGUACUCGCUCGUGGAGCCGCAUGAGAUGGCAUUUAUCGACAAUCUGUCCCAUUAUCAGAAGGUCGAGGAGAUUAUCCGACGAUGUCAGAUCUCCGGUCCUCCUCUCGAGCCUUGGAGCUGGCUUCCUACCAAGCGAGAUAGUGACCUGCCCUCGAUAGCAAUAGCAGAAGCCAUCGACACAGAGAGUCAUCUUCAUUUCACGCGAAUAUCGUUCGAGGAACUGGUCCGCUACUUCCUGGGCUACCGAGCACCCUCGGUAGAGUGGUUUUUACAACAGCAUACAGCGCUUUACAUCCACCUGCUCAACUAUCUGCAAAUGUUCCCAGAGGAGCUGGGGAAGUACAAGGAGGUUGAACAGCCAGUACCAGCCAGUCCGCCGUACCCGGGCUUCCAGUUCAUAGCAGCGCCUAUCCAGCAGCUAUUCAAAGAGCAUUUACCGAGUCUGAAGGCCAUUCUGCUUGAGCUCUCAGUACUAGGGGUACGGUUUACCCGAACAUACGUCCACGCCCGAGAGAUGAACUGGACGAAGCCAUUUUCGGUCGAAAUCCCCCUGCUAGAUGAGUUGGAUUUGACGAACCCAGCCCCAGCUCUCGAUUUUGCCAAGACAACAACCGCUGUCGACGAAGAGUACUUCUCAGGACUGAGCCAUAAAAGCUUCGUGGAACCCGAUGCCAUAAUCAAACGACUCCUUGUGCUAUGGGAGCUACGCAGCCUGGAAGUGUGGGAAUGUUGCACGGGACUACCAGACAUGAUAGGCUACAUUCAGGAAAUUGUCGAGGCCCUCUACACCUGCCGCAAUUACCACUCCUUCACGUCGAUACUCAGCGGUCUUUACAAGUACAGCACGUCCCACUCGACCUUCACGCAUACCGACAGCGCCACCAACCGGAUGACGCUGACUCCGGUGCUGCCCCCUGCACUAGCGUACCUGCUGGACCCGACAGAGAACUUUGUGGCCUACCGACAGGAGUUCCAAACAUCGCCGGGCCUCCCUUUCCUCUUCCCGCACAUUAGGGAGUACCAACAGCACGGCCCGCCAGCCCUGCACCAACUGUUCCAGCAAUUGCAACGUCAGGUACCCACCAACUAG